CAAAUCAUUCAAACUUCACAAACCAAGAAUAUAUCUCCUCUUUAAUUCUAAUUUCUGGUAAUAGUUCUUUCUUUGAAGAAUUAUUAGAUUUUGCUCAUAUUUAUUGUUUUCAUAUAUCUGAAAAUUGGAAAACUCUGCUCUAAAUCUCUUGCUUGUGUUUUUUUCCCUUUCAGUAAUAUCAUCAAUGGCAUUAUCUGAAGAAACGAUGUCAAAAUGCUCAGGACACAUGAGUGCUUACAAAUCUGCUUGUGAAGAACAUCCAGACCUCAAAUCCUUUGAUUCCUCGCUUCAGCAGAGAACCAUCAAAGUGAUAGAGUCACUCACCACUGGAGCCGACACUGGGUCGUUGUCCCAACACUCAAUACACAUGGAGGUCUCUCAGCACCUACUUGAAGUUAGCCAAGGUGUGGCAAACUUCAUUCUUGAAAGCGAAAACGAUGUGUGGAAGAACAAAGCUCUAAAAUCUUUGGUCCAGGCCUAUUUUGAAAAUACCAUCAAGACUAUAGAUAUUUUCGACAACAUACGGGAUUUCGUGGGGAAAGCGGAAAUGGGCCAACUUUAUAUUCAAGAGGCCAUGGCAGAGUUUGACAAAGAGUCGCCAGAAAAGGAUGCUGGUGGAAGAAAGAAGAGGUAUGAAAAAACCUUGAAGGAUCUCAAGAAGUUUGAUGACAUUAAAGAUGUUUUUGAUGGCCAAGUGAUCACAAACCAGUUCGAGUUGAUCCAAAAGCAGCAGGAAUCUCUUCUUGAGAAAUUGUGUGAGGAGGCUAAAAAAAAGAUUGAUGAGAAACAAAGUGAUGAGGCUGAAAAAGAGCUUGACGAGGCACACCACAGGAGUAAAUUUUGGAACGUGGUUUUCGGCGCUGGGAUUGCUCUUGCUGCCGUCGCAUCACUAGCUGUAAUGGCUGUAGCCGUGGGUGUGGCUGCGCCCUUUGCGGUUCUAGCAGUACCAUUGCUUGCGUUGGGAUGGGUAGGAGUCCAUCAUUCUUUGGAGAAAAAGGUUAAUGAUCUGAAGAGACAUGAGGAAGAUGGGAAGAAACAGGAAGGCAUAACAGAUUCGCCGGACAAGGGUGUGGAAAGCAACAAAGAAGCAUUGAACACUGUACCCAAACUAGUCCACCAGCUAGAGAAAAAGAUCAAGUCUAUUUUGGAAGUUGUUGGUGAUGCUAUUGAGGAUGAAGUAGAUGAGAAGGAGAUAAAACUUCAACUCAGCUUGAUCGGGAAGGAAGUGGAGAAAUUAACAAAGGAAAUCAAGGAGGUUGGUGAAACUGUGGAUAAGCAAAAGAAAUUGAUCCAUGAGGCGAGAUUUCACGUUCUCAAAAAGAUCAAUGUUUAAAAACUUUUAUCAAAGUUUCUUAUUUAAGAGUUGGUUCCCAUAAAUUUCUAUGUUUUCGACUUUUCGUAAUUGGUAUUAGGGUUUACAGCCCAUUGUACCUUUUUUUAAAAAUCUUGUAUGUAUUUAUAAUUCGUGAAAUAAAGUUAUUCGUGAAAUAUGGACUUACCCUGCAGACGAGCGCUACUGCAGUAAGUUGAGAGAGAUAUCCGUUCAAGCGGCGAAGUCUCUCCUCGCCGCCAAUUGCAAAA